UUUAAAUCCAAGAUUUAUUGAUGCAUUCUAGAUUUUUGCAUUUAGUAUUGAGUAUUGCCUUUACUGCUGAGCUUUUUUGUUUAAUAAUUAAUUUAUGGUGCAGUGAAAAAUGUUGCUGAAACUACCUCUGACGAUGAUUUUGAAACUCCACCUCGAAAAUCGUUGAAAACAGCUGUGCAAAAGAGAUUGCCUAACAAAGUUGACGAACGACCGAAAAAAAAGCAAAAAGAGAACAAUGAUAAAGGUAAAAACAAAGGAGGCCAGAAACAGAAAAUAGAGCAGAGGGACAAGAUUAUAAGCAAGGUACGAUUAUUUUACACUCCAAGUGUCAUUCCUGUUGUAUAUUCUAAUCGUUUAUUUUCAACUGAAAAAUAUUGGUGCUCUCAUGCACAAUAGUCACUAGUAUAAUGUUGCACAUUCACAUUCAUAUUCAUAAUUUUUGUAACUUCUACAGGAAGAUGAAAUAGCACAGAUUAGAAACUCUCCUAGACUUUUAUGUGAUAUGAUUUCUGCAUUAUCUGACGAACAAGAGGAGUGGGUGAAGAGUGCAGGGUUCGGGAGUUUAGUAGACUUUGAAUUGUGGGAGAUACCUCAGAGAUUGGCCUAUAAAGUCCUAGAGGCUUUCGAUGAAAAAAAAUGCAUGUUAGUACUCCAAAGCGGCAAAAUAAAGAUAACUGAUCAUCUUGUGCAUGAGAUACUUGGUCUCCCUUGUCGUGGACAUGAAGUUAAGCUGGCGCAAGGUGAUUCGAGGUAUGAUAGACUGCUGGAGUGGAGAGAACAAUUCUCAGUUUCUGAAGGACAGAGCCUGAUUAAAGCAAGUGAUGUGGUGGAAAAGAUGAGGCAGAGUGGGGUAGUUGAUGACCUAUUUAAGAUCAACUUUCUAGUGGUGAUGGCAAAUGUUCUAAUCAGAUCAAACACAAACAACUUUGUGGCCCAGUCCAUAAUUUCGUUUGAUGACGAUCUUGAUAAUUGUGCAAAAUAUAACUGGGCUUCAUAUUUGAUACGGAGUUUGGUGAUUACAAAGCAAAGGUGGAAGCGCACAUCAUCACUUUUCUAUACCGGACCAAUGAUAUUUCUACUUAUUUUGUAUGUUGACCGAGUUGUGUUCAACAUAAACACAAAAGUACCAAGGAAACAACCAGCUUUUAGAGGUUGGACAAAGGAGAAACUCAAAGAAAGGGAAGUCAUGGAAUUGGAACCAGGUGCUUUUGGUUCUGGGAAAAUACUAAGAGAUGCAACUCCUCAACAAUCAAACCAAGCACAUAAAUCUGCAGAGGAAUGGGUGGAAGAUGAUUGACAAGCUGAAAAUGGAGAAAUUUUUGCAGAACAAAAUAAUAAUGGAGAUGAUCAUCCGGGUGUAGAUAAUCAUCCGUGUGGAAAUGAUCAGUCGGGUGGAGAUGAUCAGCCAGAUGACAUAACAGAGGAUUGGUGGGAAACUCUUAAUGUGAAGGUUGCUUUAUUAAUGGAUGCAAACAUCCAACUGAUGGAAGCAAAAAAUGUAUAUGAUGCUGAGUUGGCUAUUGCAAAGAACUUAUAUCCAGAUGACGAGAAAAUUGUUGAUAUGGAGGCAAAGGUGAACACUGCAAUGGAGACGAACAAAAAUUGGAUGGAAAGUGCAAGUAAUCCUGAAGAUUUGGUCGAUGAUGAACAUGUCUCACUAGGGGAAGUUAGAGAUGAGCCAAUAGAGCAAGUUGAUUUACCUCCCGAUGCUGAUGAUCAUCUUGACAUCAUUGCUUGGUUGAAAUCCCCAGAAGGAAUAAAAGAGUUUGAAAAAGACUUUGACGACUUCGAUUACCCGUCGUUCUCAUUGGGCAUAAGUCAGAUUUGCCAACAAGUGCAGGAGGAGCAUGGAGAGGUUGAAACAAGAAAAGAGCAUAUGGAACCUGAAAAGAAAACAAAGAGGGACAUCAAAGUGGGACCAGCUUACCGGUCGCCAUAUGUGCAGCGAAACACAAAUAUCAUCUCCCAUUACUCAAGACAAGAAAUUGCUGUCUACAGGUGGAUGAUUCAAGAAGGCAAAGAUGAGCUGGAAAAUAUUUUUGUGUGUAAAGAACAAAAAUUCCUCCGAAAAGUGAUUCGAACACUCAGUCCUGGGAAAAAAUUGUCAUAUUCAGUUAUAGAUAUAUGGUCAAUUUUGAUGAACGACAGGGAAAACUAUAAGUCCCCAGAUUCCCCAAUGCGCCUCUAUUUCGACAUUGCUUUUUCGAUAGGACCAUUGGAUGAUAAGAAUAGUGAAGAGGCUCAAUAUCAGAUGUUUAAAAGUGAAAUGGAGCACUUCUUUAAUAGAUAUCCAAAUAUCAGAUUUGAAGGAAGUGAUUUGCUGUUCUUCCCAGUCUAUGCAAAUAGACAUUUUUACUUGGUCUGCUUCAACUUAAAGAAGCAAGCAUUCGAAGUUAUAGACAACAUCCGCCAGGGGAAAAAUGCAGGAAAAUAUUAUGGGCCAAGAAUUAAACUUUUGCGUCGACACUUUGAGAAAUACUUGUUGGAGAACAACUUAAGUUUGUUGGCUAAUUUGGUGAAAAAUUUAAAACCAUCUUACUUGUAUGGACAAACAACACAGUUGGAUAAGAUUCGUGCAAAGUAUUGUCAUGCUAUUUUGGCUUCUCCGUUGAAUGAGAUAAGACAAAAAAUCCUCGAUGAAGCAAAACUUUUAUACAACAAGAUGGCAUCUGAGAGAGUUAUGAGUAUAGUGAUUGAAGCAAGUAAACGCAAGGGUGCACGUGUCCAUGGGAAAAAGAUGAUCAAAGGAAGGGUUUUAUUCGAUGAAGAUUGA